CCGGUUCUCCUCGGCGGCUGUAAAGAGUCUGUCCCCGAUCUGCUCGGGGAAGCCCACCAGGGAGUCGACGUGGUGGACGUUGUCCGCCACGAAGAGGAGGACGAUGUCGAAGAGCGACUUGGUGCUGUACCUCAGGCUGCCCUCCGCGUUGUAGAUCGAUCUGGACUGUACACAAUCGUGUAAAUGGCAGCAAACGACCCAUUUCAGUUCCAAGAAUUUGAAGAGAGCAAUCUGCUAGCAGCUGACAAAGAUUCAACCUCUAUCAGCAUUGAGGACGAUUUCAUCAACUCUGACACGUCGAGGAAGACCCCCAGUCUCGCUCCUGAUGACGACCCGCUUGCAAGUGAUGACAAAUCAGAGCUUCUCUCCGGGCAGAAGAAAAGUGUCCCUUUCUGGACGUUUGAUUACUACCAAAUGCUUUUCAACGUGGACACACGUCAUGUAAAGGAGAGGAUAAUUGGUUCCAUUCUGCCAUGGCCCGGAAAGAACUUCAUUCAAGUCUACCUUCGUCGAAACCCUGAUCUCUAUGGGCCAUUCUGGAUCUGCACGACUCUUGUGUUUGCCAUCGCCAUCAGUGGAAACAUAUCUACCUUCCUGGUUAACUUAGGCAAACCAGAAUACAAGUACAGCCCUGAGUUUGGAAAAGUGACCAUAGCUGCCACGGCCAUCUUCAGCUAUGCUUGGCUGGUGCCGCUUGCUGUUUGGGGUUUCCUGCUUUGGAGAAGCAACAAGAUUAUGAACUUGGUGUCAUAUUCCUUUAUGGAGAUUGUCUGUGUGUACGGAUACUCCCUGUUCAUCUACAUUCCUGCAGUGGUUCUGUGGAUAUUCCCGUUCGAGUGGCUGAGGUGGCUCUCCAUCCUGGUGGCCCUCUUCCUGUCCGGUUCUGUCCUGGUCAUCACCUUCUGGCCAGCGGUGCGCGACGACCAGCCCAAGAUCAUCGCGGCGGUCAUGUCGGCCAUCGUGGUGCUCAACGUCCUGCUCGCCGUCGGAUGCAAGGCCUAUUUUUUCAGCAAAGCAGCGCCGGUGUUAAUACCUGAUAAGUUAGCAGCGACAGCAGGGAUCCAUGCACAUGCCACAACAUGAGAAGCUGCCAUUGUUUGAAGGUUCUCCUGUUGCCUUACUACAGAGAAUCGGGUUGCUGUGGUGAUGAAGUCACAGGCUGUCUGGAUUUCACCUGCACUCGCACUUACUAACUAGCCCAAGACCUGAAAGCCUGGCUUCAAUUCUUGGUUACAUGGCUGACAAUGAACACUGGUACCAAGUAUGUUGUUUCUACCGGGGUGGCUUCUGACCUUACAUAAAGACAAUCAGCCAAAAUAACUCGUCUUUUGGAGGCAUCUAUUUAUUUAAUGUUAUGGUCAUGGGAUACCACAUAAUCUUCUGUACUGAUGAAUGUAUUUAAAUUUCUUUAAUAUAAUUAUUAACACUGUCAACAAAUACCAUAAGUACAAAGGAGUAUCAGGGCCACACCUUUAAAAGCAAUAUUCAUUUAAUUAGGAAAAAGUUGUGAUUUAAGAGCAAGUCAUAAUGUCAUCCCUCCAAAACCCCAACAUUUUACAAAUAAAAUGAAUAAUUAUACAACAAUAAAGCUGUAAAAUUGUUUGUUCAAUUCUACAAGCAUGAUCUAAUGAGUUGUAUAAAUUAGAAUCCAUGCCUUAUUUGCCAUUUUUGGCAUGAACUCAAAGGUUAAAAAUGAUUUUCAAGGUACAUUUUUUUUUUCAAGGUAAAAAAUUUUUUUUCAAGGUAAAAAAUUAUUUUCAAGGUAAAAAAAUGAUUUUCAAUGUAAAAAAAAAUUUUCAAGGUAAAAAAUGAUUUUCAGGGUAAAAAAUGAUUUUCAAGGUUAAAAAAAAAAUUUUAAGGUAUCAUUUUUUUUUCAAUGUAAAAAAUGAUUUUCAAGGUAAAAAAUGAUUUUCAAGGUAAAAAAAAUGAUUUUCAAGGUAGAAUUUUUUUUUCAAGGUUAAAAAUGAUUUUCAAGGUAAAAAAUGAUUUUCAAGGUAAAAAAUGUUUUCAAGGUAAAAAAUGAUUUUCAAGGUGAGAAAAUCAAAAAAUUAUUUUCAAGGUAAAAAAAAAUUUUCAAGGUAAAUUUUUUUUUUCAAGGUUAAAAAUGAUUUUCAAGGUAAAAAAUGAUUUUCAAGGCAAACAAUUAUUUUCAAGGUAAAAAAAAAUUUUCAAGGUAAAUUUUUUUUUUCAAGGUUAAAAAUGAUUUUCAAGGUAAAAAAUG